CAGUUUUCACGCGCUCAAUCAAAAAAAAAAAAAAUUACUCCCUUUCUCUUAAGUUUUCCAUUUUUUUUUCUUUUAUUGAAGCUAAUAAUAUGAGCAGAGUGCUCAUUUCAUGUUACUACCGGUUAUGAAUCCCAACGUGGAGCCACCAAAUCCAGCAUUAGCACCGCCGCCACAACCUCCGCAGCCGCACCGUCCAUCCACUUCCUGUGACCGCCACCCUGAAGAGCAUUUUACUGGCUUUUGCCCCUCAUGCCUCUGCGAACGUCUCGCUGUUCUCGAGCCUUCUUCUUCUUCUUCUUCUUCUCGGAAACCACCCAUCGCCGCCACUACUUCGACCGCCACCGCUGCACUUAGAGCCAUUUUCAAGCCUUCCGGAGUAGGUGGUACGCGAGCCGGGUUUUUCCCCGAGCUCCGAAGGACAAAGUCCUUUUCGGCCUCAAAAAACGAGGCUUUCUCUGGGGUUUUUGAGCCUCAGAGGAAAUCUUGUGACGUUAGGGUUCGGAACACGCUUUGGUCACUCUUUUAUCAAGACGACGAGAGGAACCCACAUAAAAAAGAAGCAGCUGGAAACGGAAGGUCUUCUGAAAUUGUUGAGGUUGAAGCACGAAAUUUAGGUUCUUCUUCAAGUGUUGUUCAAGGUCCUGUUUUUGAAAGCAAAGAGGAAGACAAAACUGAAAGUGAAACUGAUCACGAAGACGAUAUAGAGAUCAUAGAAGAACUACCCAAUGUGGUUGUUUCUACUGCGAAUUUAAUCAAAGAUAAAGUUGACGAAAUUGUGGAAGAAUACGAGAAGGAACUGUGUCAAGAAGAGGAGCUGAAGCCCAUGAAGGACCAUAUAGAUCUUGAUUCGCAAACAAAGAAGGCUUCUGGAAGAGAUUUUAAGGAGAUUGCUGGGAGUUUCUGGUCAGCUGCAUCAGUUUUCAGCAAGAAAUUGCAAAAAUGGAGGCAAAAACAGAAGCUUAAAAAGAGUAGAAAUGGAGGUGGGUCAGCGAGAUUGCCAGUGGAGAAGCCGAUUGGAAGACAAUACAGAGAAACCCAAUCGGAGAUUGCGGAUUAUGGGUUCGGGAGAAGGUCUUGUGACACGGAUCCCAGGUUUUCUCUUGAUGCUGGGAGGAUGUCAUUUGAUGCAGCAAGGAUGUCAUUUGAUGCAGCAAGGAUGUCGUUUGAUGCAGCAAGGAUGUCGAUUGAUGAUCCAAGAUAUUCUUUUGAUGAACCAAGGGCUUCUUGGGAUGGGUAUUUGAUUGGGAGAACGUUUCCGAGAAUGCCCACAAUGGUUUCUGUUGUUGAAGAUGCUCCAGUUCAUCAUGUUACGAGGUCUGAUACUCAAAUCCCUGUGGAGGAUCCGCCGGCUAUGAAUUCUAUCGAUGAGGAUGAAUCUCUUCCUGGAGGGUCAGCUCAGACAAGGGAUUAUUAUUCUGAUUCUUCUUCUAGGAGAAGAAAGAGUUUUGAUAGGUCCAGUUCUAUUAGGAAGACUGCUGCAGCUGUAGUGGCUGAAAUCGAUGAAAUGAAGUCGGUUUCUAAUGCAAAGGUUUCUCCUACAACUGUUGAUUAUUUCCAUGGACCUAAACUCGUUGUGCCGGAUAAGGAUUCCAGGGAUUCAAACUCCAAUUCUUUGAGGGAUGAUUAUUCCGAGACUUUUGAGAUUGGCUUUAGAGACAAUGCGUCUAUGAUUGGGAAUGGGGAACGGAAAGGGUCGACUAAGAAGUCGCGGAGGUGGAGUAUAGCUUGGAACAUUUGGGGCUUCAUUCACAGGAGGAGUGUUAACAAAGAUGAGGAUGAAGAUAGAUAUGGUAGAGCUAAUGGUGUGGAGAGGUCGUAUUCAGAAUCUUGGCCCGAGUUGAGAGGGGAACGGAAUGGAGAUGUGAGAGCGGGUUUUAAUCCGAAGGUUUUAAGGAGCAACAGCAGCGUAAGCUGGAGGAAUUCUAGCAGUUUUGGUGGAUCGUUUGGUGGUGCAAGGAGGAACUGUGUUGAGUCAAAUGGUGGGCAUAGUAAGAAGAAGAGAGAUGAGUGUGUGUUGGAGAAGAAUAGGAGUGCAAGAUAUUCACCAAAUAACAUUGACAAUGGACUGUUAAGGUUCUACUUGACACCGAUGAGGGGCAGCCGGAGAGGUGGAUCAGGCAAAAGCAGGGCAAGCCAUGCACAUUCUAUUGCUAGGAGCGUACUGAGGUUGUACUGAAUUUGAGAUUCAUAAGGUGUUUCUUUGGUUUAAUGUUGUUAAUUUUGCUGCAUUUGUUGUGUAAUCACACAUGCCUAUGUAUUCUUGCUGGUUGGUUGGAUAAAAAAAAAAAGUACCCUAAAAUUGUUGCCUUUCUUGUGAGUGGCAUGCUUCUUCCACUAUUCAAGUAACAAAAUUUUCUGUGUUUCUUGUUUCUAAUCGCAUUUUGUUAAAACGUUUGUAGUCUUUCCUUUCUUCUGUUCUGUUCUACUGUGCUUUUUUACCAGAAAAGGCAUGGACAUACAGAAUAUGCCCAACUAAAAUAGAGAUGUGUUAUUUCUUUGCCUUACGCAUAGUUGGUUGAUAGGUGGUGAAGGCUGCAAAUUUGUAAGAGCAUGUUUUCUAAUGGCAUUUGGCAUGUUGUGUACCGUUGUGGAAGUGGGUGUGGAAUGUGGAUGUGGGCUCAUGCCACCCUUGAAGUUGCUAAUUGUCACGAAUCAAUCCAUGCAGGACAAGAAAUACGGCUCCAUAUCAACUGAUUAAACUAACUUCCAUGCAAGCCUUGCAACAAUGAAUUUCAUGAGAUAGAUUGUGAAGAUUGGCGCGUAGAGCCCCUAAAUAAGAAAUUGCUCGAUCUUGGUCUUAUUAAUCUAUCUUGGGAUCAUUACUGCAAAUUGAUGUGGUUCAACUUCUUUGAUUAACAUUAUGUAGUGGUUUUUUAAAUAAUUUUAGCUUCAAUCAGCUCCCUUUUCACAGUUUGCUUUUGAAUGUUUCUCGGAGUUUAGGGCUUCUGCUAGUGCAUACUUAGCAGCUUUAGACCUUCGAUGGCCGGUUUCUUUCAAACCGCAAGGUGGUUCGAAAGCAAGAGGAAGUGCUUCUUUUUUUUUUUUUUUUGAGUUUAG